AUGUGCCUGGCUGGGUGCACACCCCGCACGGCGGCAGCGCCAGGACGCGGAGCGCUCCCUGGAGCCCGGCCGCCUCGCACGGCUCCGGAGCCCGCGACCAUGUUCCAGCCCGCGGCCAAACGAGGCUUUACUAUAGAGUCCUUGGUGGCCAAGGACGGCGGCACCGGCGGCGGGGGCACGGGUUCCCAUCCCCUGGCGGCUGCCUCCUCGGAGGAACCGCUUCGGCCCACGGCGCUCAACUACCCUCACCCCGGUGCGGCCGAGGCGGCCUUCGUGAGCGGCUUCCCUGCCGCAGCUGCCGCGGGUGCCGGCCGCUCGCUCUACGGAGGACCGGAGCUCGUGUUUCCCGAGGCCAUGAACCACCCCGCGCUGACCGUGCACCCUGCUCACCAGCUGGGUGCCUCCCCGCUGCAGCCCCCACACUCCUUCUUCGGCGCCCAGCACCGGGACCCUCUCCACUUCUAUCCCUGGGUCCUGCGGAACCGCUUCUUCGGCCACCGCUUCCAGGCAAGCGACGUGCCCCAGGACGGGCUGCUGCUACACGGCCCCUUCGCGCGCAAACCCAAGCGGAUCCGCACGGCCUUCUCGCCCUCGCAGCUGCUGCGGCUGGAGCGUGCCUUCGAGAAGAAUCACUACGUGGUAGGCGCCGAGCGGAAGCAGCUAGCCGGCAGCCUCAGCCUCUCCGAAACGCAGGUGAAGGUGUGGUUCCAGAACCGGAGGACAAAGUACAAACGGCAGAAGCUGGAGGAGGAAGGGCCCGAGUCGGAGCAGAAGAAGAAGGGCUCCCAUCACAUCAACCGGUGGCGCAUCGCCACGAAGCAGGCCAACGGGGAGGACAUCGAUGUCACCUCUAAUGACUAGGGGGCCACCAUGAACCCAUGAAGGCAGGGUGCUGCUUGCUGCUGGCCAAGCCCCUGGGGCCCAAGCUGGCCACUCCCUGGCCAGGCUGCAGGGAGGCCUCGCGUCUCGGCCCCACAAGGCUUGGAACCUGGGGCCACCACUGACAGUGGGACAAGAAGCGGGCUGGCUGAAGCCUGGGAGCCUUUGGCCCUCUGGGUGUGGAGAGCCUGCCCGCCGUCUCCCUGGGCGGGCCGCCCUCACCACAGCCUCCCAGCGGCUCUCCAUUCCACUCACCUCGUUUUUGUUUCUAUGCGCUUCUGUUUAAUUUAUUUUCCAGGCCCAUUGUAGUUCCUAGUGGUUCUCCUGUACCUCCCUUCCCUAUGGGAAUAAUAAAAUCUCUCUCUU